GUUGAUCGAGUUCGAGAGCUGCAGUACAUCAACAGGUGAGAGAGACGGCGCGCGCUCAGAGGAAAGGGAGAGGUGCGAAGGCGAGAGGAUGGAAGGUGUUUGCUGAGCCCCGUGCUGCGGAGUCCUCUGCUGUCCCCGCGGUCCUCGAUGAAGAUCCAUGAAGCACACCUGAAUCCGUCAGCCGAUCAGCUGACCGAGUCCGGCCCCGCAGCAUUCCUCACCCACAUUCCAAGGAUGUUAUGAGCAGGAUAAGCCGCUCCCGCCCUGCACACUCACCCAAACACGGCGAUGUGAAUCUCGUCAGCCUGUCGGGCUGCGGCACGAUAACGUCUUCCUGUUUAUUCCCGCUGACACGCUGGUCAUCAGGCUGAAGCUCGGGCUGAGAAGGUUCCAGAUGUUCCAGAUGUUUGCUGUCAGCCAGCUGCUGUGUGAACCUCCGCCGCACACCAACUCUGGAAUAAUAAACUGAAGUGAAAGCUUUGAGUGAGAGGCGCUUUCUGUCAGCUGUUCCUGCCCUUGGACCUGGAUGAUGUCACUGAGGAAGGACGAUGGUGUGCGCUACGAGGCACGAGGACGCUCACCUGAAAGUUGGCGGCCAAUCACAGUGAUGUUAGGAGAAGAAUAAAGUAUAAAACUAAGACGACUCAGAGAGAAUCUGAGCGAUCCCUGUGAGGAGCAGGAGGAGGAGCAGCACUUUGUCUCCUGUGAGAGGGAAACUUCAGCCUCUGCUGCCUGAAGCUCUGCUGCAUGGACCCCACCGCGUUUCAUCAACAUGUCCUCUGAUUGGUCCUUCCCUUCAGUCUGAAGAUCUGUCAGCCAAUCAGUUUCUGUCUGGCAGACUUUGCUUCAGUGCGGCGGGGAGAGGAGCGAGCAAGGACGCUGCAGCUGGGUGAGGAUCAGAGCUGAGGGGAUCGCAGUGUUUCGGGGUUAAAGCCGUCUCCAUCAUGGAGGUGCCCAGGAGGCUCUCCUUCCCGCUGGUUCUCCCUAAACCAGCCUCGUCUGCUCGGUCUCCUCUGGGAGCUGCAGGUCAGACGGCUGGAAGCAGCAAAGAUCAAACUGGAGGGGAAAAGUUCAUCUCAGAGGAGGAGAUGCCUGAGUCAGGGGUGAUUGUAGUGGUGGAGGCGCCACCUGAAGAUGGAAAAGCUGCUCGGAGAUUCUCCUCUCAGGACAGUUUCUCAGAGGAGAGCUCAUUAUCAGAGGAGAGGCUGGAAGAGGAGGCCAGAGAGGCCCAGAGGAGGGCCGAGGAGGCAGCAGCCAAGGAGAGGGCGGCCCAGAGGCAGCAGCUGGCCAUCCAGGAGCUCGUGGAGUCUGAGAGGAGCUACCUGCGCCUGCUGCAGCUCAGCACCGUGACCAUCAGGAGCAACCUGCAGCAGCAGCUACAGCCGCCUCCAGCAGGCCUGGACAGCAUGUUUCUGCACAUCGAGGAGGUGAUCGACGUAUCGAGCCGUCUCCUGAGCCUGCUGGACCAGAAGCAGCUUCAGCCUGGAGAGCCUGACUUCCUGCAGAGUCUCUGUGACUCGUUUCUCAGCCUGUCAUCAGAGAUUGAAGCCGCCUAUAAGGAGUACCUGGCGCACUACAAUCAUGUGACGGAGGUGGAGAACAGCUACAAACAGAAGGAGGCUCUGUGGAACGAGGUUGUCAGAGUCAUCAAGGCUGCGGCGCCUGACGUCAACGCCACCUCGUUGAGCUUCUUUUUGGUGAUGCCCGUGCAGCGGAUCGCCCGCUACCCCCUGCUGCUACAGACCAUCCAGAAGCACACCGACGCCUCCCACCCGGCCUACGCCCUGCUGGAGCAGACCGCUCACACCUCUGUCGCCUUAAACUGUCGCAUCAACGAAUACAAGCGCUUCCGGGAAGUCGCUGACAAAUACAGGAAGACGGAAAUGCUGACCAUCAAGGACAAGAUCGUUCGCCUCAACACCCACAGCAUCGCCAAGAAGACCGCCAGGCUCGGUCAGCAGAUCAAACACGAGGCUGGACUCAAACCUAAGCUGGUGGAUGAGGAAUUUGAUGCCCUGGAAGGAUUCUUCUAUGUUUUGGAAAACGGCAUCCUGGAGCUGCUGGAGAACGUGGAGAUGUACCUGCAGCACCUCCAGGGCUUCCUGUCCUGCCGCACGGAGGACUUUGACUUGGACAUGGACGGAGAAAAGGCACCGAUCUGCUACAAGGAGAUCACGACGGCGCUCCGACAGUGGAUCCUCCCAAUGUUUGAGAAGAGGAUGAGGAAGCUGAUCCACCAGCCGCUCUGCGCUCUCCGGGACCUCCUGGUGGGUCCGAGGAACCUAAUCAGGAAGAGACUCGACAAGCUGCUCGACUACGAGGUGAUCGAAGGAAAACCCAACCUGAGCUACGAGGAGCAGGCUGUGGCCAACACGUACAGGACCUUGAACACGCUGCUCCUGACGGAGCUCCCUCAGUUUAACGGGCUGGCUCUGCAGAUGAUGUGGAGCACAUUGGGGACGUUUAGCUGUCUGCACAGAGAUCUCGCAGCAGACAUGGAGCAGCUGUUUCACAGCUUCGCUCAGCAGCUCCCUCACAGCAGCCUUUCUCCUGGUGCAUUCUGGGAGUGGGCAGAGUCUUCGGUGCUGGAAGGCGCGAGGAGGCUGCAGCAUUUAUGUCGAAUGCUGGAGGAUAAGCUCAACGCGCCGGAUGCCCAGCCUCUCAGCCCGUCCUCUCAGCGCCGUCUGAAGCAGCUAACAGAUAAGCACGGCUCUGGAAAGAUCUUCCAGGUGAUGAGCACGGUCGUGGGCACCCGGGACCUGGACCUGAAUUUGACUAAGGGCGAGCUGGUGGCGGUGAUUAGCGAGGCCGACAGCCGUGGAGACAGAAGGAGGUGGCUGGUCGAUGCAGGUGGGAAGCGAGGCUACGCUGCUGCCUCGAAACUCAUUCGCUAUCACCAGCCAACAGACGACCCGCCCCCUUCACCACACCCGAGCCUGGCAGAAGACGUGACCGCACGCAGAAGACACUCCUACAGCCCGGCAGGCAAUGCCCCACUGCCCAUGAGUCAGCCCUGCUUCCAGGUUGUGGGCGCCUACGACUUCACGGCCAGAUCCAAACACGAAGUUUCCUUCCGGGCCGGAGAACCCGUUCGUGUCCUGGAGCCUCACGACAAACGAGGGAGCCCCGAGUGGAGCCUGGUGGAGGUCAGAGGAGGUCAGAGAGGCUACGUGCCCUCCAACUACCUGGCAAUCAUGCCCGUGGGAGCGGGGCUGCCCCCGAACCCUGGCUUCUUCCUUUAGGGGGUGGAAACUGCAGCUGGUGUCGAUGAGAGGAUGGAUGGAAGAGCCUCCCGGGAUCAGCUGUUUACAGUCUCAGUGUUAAUCCUGCCACUUUAUCCUGUUUACGACUGGAAGUGUAAAGUUUCUCCUGUGACGUUUCCUGCUUCCGCUUCCUGUGCAGCGUACACAGGAGCGAAGCUUCAGGAGCAGCAAAUGAAGUUUACUGACUUUAGCUUUAAUAAUGAAGGUUUACUGGUCUGCAGUGAUCUCUGCACUAAUGUGCACAAUCAUCCAAGAACGCUCUUCAAAGAUGGCGUCUGUAACGCCAUGAAGCUCUGACGGCGUGUCACCUCAAACAGCCUGAACGUUUGGACGACGUUCGGUGUGCGGCGAGGACACAAAGCUGUUUUUAAGAUGAAGGACGAUUUUCAUGGCUGCUGUACGGUGAAGCGCUCAUUUCCCAUGAACCUCAGAGUGAUGCUGCAUACAUGCAGGGUGUGAGCUCUCUCAAGCUAACUGUAACGUGUGUGUGUGUGUGUGUGUGUGUGUGUGUGUGUGUGUGUGAACCCUCUUCACCUGCAGCAGAGCUGACGGGUACACGGCACUCUCAUCAUCUCAGACUGAGUAAUGUGAUGUAAAUGUGACACGUCUCCGAGGCUGAGGAAGAACAAGACUCAGCAGGAGGAGGAGGAGCUGGGAGAGGGGCGAAGGACAGCGGCAGUUUCUGCUUUGCCUAUGAGCGGAUUUAAAUUUCGUUGUGCUUUGAAUCCAGAGUUUUACGUAGGAGUGAAAUGGGUCAGGACAGAAUAACCUCCUCCUGCCUUCACCUGACGAUGCUUGUUGCUAUGGAUACGGCUCAGGGAAUGCGGGUCACGUCUGUGGCGUUUGCUUGGCCUGACUAAAGCUGCAGCAGCAUUUCUUGAUUCCCGCACUUUUGGGUCAGAAUCAUUUGAAAGCAUCUCUGAGCCUCCUGAUUGGCUCUCAGGUCAUAGACAGGAAGCUGAGCUCCAGUAGUUUUGCAGAUAACAGCAGCUUGAACGUUUGAGCACCACAGACUCUCUCCUGGCCUCCUCCUGUGGGGCUGAGCAGCCUCAGCUGCUGUGAGGGUGGAGCAGAGGGAGGGAGGCCGGGAGUCAGAGCUGCUCAGCUGUUCCCAUCAGGCUGAAUGUCAGGAGGAGGAGGAGGAGGAGGAUGCUUCUCUCCUAAAAUACCAGAUGUCCUCAGGUUAGUCAGAUAGACUGAAACCUCAGCCUGAGAACAUUUACCUGAUUUCCCCUCCUCAGAGCCCGGUUUAGGAUGAGGGGAGCGGUUCAUUCCUCAGUUAUUUUGGGAAGUUUUAAUCCCACGGACGUGCAGAUGAAGCUGCAGCGUUCCUUAUGUGGAGGAAGUAGAUAUUUGAACCCAUACACACACGGAAACCACAGAGGGAACAUUUCUGGCUUUUUCUGUCUGAUCAGAAACCAGGUCAGCAUCUUCCUCGCAUGCUGUUCUCAUUUUCACCACCAGAAGGAGGCAGAGACUCAGAGCGUGUGUGCAUGAUCAGGCUAACUGUGUGUGUGUUUGGUAAUCGCGGUCACAGUGUGUUUUCUGUGUGGUUUCAUGAACCUGCUGCUCAGUCGGUCCUGCUGAGUCAUUCUGAUGUUUCCUCGAUGCUGCAGGGCUGCGUGACCUCUGCUGAGCUGCCACAGUUGUGAUGUUGAACUCAGUCACACAGCAGGUGGGAGGCUGAGCAGCAGCAGAGAGUGUGGCUUCAAUAAAACUAAACUCAAAACUU